GCGACUUGCUUACUCACGUCUCUUCAUUCUUCGACGAUUCCUUCCGGUUCUUAAGGAAAUUGUGUUUUUGAAACCUUUCCGCGUUGUAAACUUGACUUUUUUUGAGGAUCUGGAAAACUGAUUUAUUGGAGUAGUGGACAGCUGAGCAUUAGCAAAAUAUCUUGGUGUCCAAUUGAAAGAGAUAGUUACCAUGAACCCACCGGACCAGAAUGGAGGUCAUGUUAAUAAUCUGGACGGCGAUAAAAAAGAGAAAAGGGUGUACAAAGUUGUUUUGACUGGAGGUCCUUGUGCAGGGAAAACAACUGUUCAAGCAAUGAUGUCAACUUUCUUUGAAAAUCUUGGAUGGAAGGUUUACAGAGUUCCAGAAGCAGCCACUGUAUUGCUGGGUGGCGGCGUGAAGUUUCCAGAUCUCAGUGAGCAAGAAGUGUAUAACUUUCAGGAAAAUUUAAUACGGACAAUGCUGCAGUUGGAGCAGACAUUCUUUGACCUCGCUUCCACAAGCAAGACAGACACAAUAGUGAUUUGUGACCGAGGGGCUAUGGAUCCUUCAUCAUAUAUGAGUUCAGAGCAGUGGGAUAAACUUCUUGAAAAUAAUGGUUGGAACAAUGUGUCAUUACGAGAUGCACGCUACGAUCAAGUGAUUCAUUUGGUAUCAGCUGCUCAAGGAGCAGUAGAAUUUUACACAUUAGCAAACAACAACACACGAAAGGAACCUAUAGAACAAGCCAGGAAAUUGGACAGACUAACACAACAGGCCUGGGUUGGUCACCCAUACGUUGAUGUGAUUGAAAACAAUAUGGACUUUAGUAAAAAAGUGCGGCGGGCCAUUGAUGCUGUAUGUUUCAGAAUGCGUAUUGAUACUGGAGAUCGUCUGUCCCCAGAGAGUGUAAAACGCAAAUUCCUUGUUACAUCUCUGCCAGAUGUCAAGGCUUUUCCUGUGUUUCAAGACUUUGAUGUGGUCCAUGACUACCUUUCAACCUCAAAUCCAGAAAAACAAGCACGUCUGAGAAGAAGAGGACAGAAUGGUCAUUUUACAUACAUGCACACAUUACGACAAGAAACUAACGUCAGCGGCCAAAUUGUAGAAGUCAGAACAAAUUUAUCUUCCAGAGAUUAUGAGAUAUUACAUUCUCAAUAUGAUCAUACUCGGCAAUCUGUUUAUAAGACCAGAAGAUGUUUUUUGUGGAAAAACCAGUACUUUCAACUUGAUAUCUACAAUGAGCCUUGUCAUCCAAGGUGUAAAGGGCUUCGAAUCCUUGAAACUUACACCACAAUAAAACAAGGUGACUUGGAGUUACCAGAUUUCCUGGAUAUUGCCAAGGAAGUAACAGGGGACCCAAGUUACUCCAUGUUCCAUCUAUCUUUAAAAGAAUAGUCAUUGUUAGACUGCAUGAAAAUACACACAAGUUACAACUAUAUUUUUCCUUGUAGUGGUCAGACAAAUAACUGACAAUGCAGCUACUGUUAACAGGAUCAUUUGAAGGAAAUUAGCCCAUUACUUCACUUGACCCUUAAAACCCUAACAUCAGUAUGCACACUCUCCAUAGCAUUUUCCA